AUGGCAGUCGCACAUCCAUGCACAGUAUCAAGAACAGAGGUUACCUAUCUAUUGGCGCCUCAAGCCAUACCCAACGAGAAUGGAGAGAUGGAGCUCCGUGCUAUACAAACAGUAACAGACGAAAUCAUUCGCUAUGAAGAUGGUAAAUGGAACGAAUCUCCGCAGGCAGGGUUACAUCUUGAACUGGAAGAUUUUGCAACGGAGGAUGUAGUUUCAAAUUUUGAACCUGUAAAUGAACCGAUGAAAGAUUCAUUAUUUAUAUCCGCUCGUUCUUUCUGCGAAUAUAUCGAAUCUGAUGAGACAAAUACAGCAAUGAUCAAAGCGAAAAGGGGAAUCAUCCGAUCUCGACGGUUAUUUGUAAAGAAGCGAGCUCGGUCUAUUACACCAGAAGAGGAGCUCGAUAAGGACCGCCGGAGAAAAAUUCGGAAAGAAUUACAGACGGAUAGUCUAGCGGGUGCCUGA